AUGAUCCUCGACAUGGAAGACGGAAGAGCGUCCCCGGCUACCUUAGCACCGAGUACGACGUCCACGAUUCGCACCGCGCGCAAGCUCUUUCCGAACAAAGCUAUACUCCUUGCCUAUCCUUCUGUCACGAUCUCUAUCGCAAUGCUGUCUUUCUCCAUCCAUGGCUAUCGCAAGGACGCCAAAGAGUUCCCCAGAUUAUCCAAAGAGGCAAUCAUCGCAAUGCACCCUGAAGCCAGUAUAGUUUCCAUGGUCGCCUCCUGCCUCAACAUCCUCUACCUAACGACAAUUAUCCUCUCAUUUUGGAUCCCCUCUCGAUUUCCCCCGUUCAUUACGCCCGUUUCGCGUCUGAAAUUCAUGUGCAUCAACGCGGGAUAUACAGCUGUCGUGACUGCUGUUUGGGCAGGUGCGGUGUCGGGAAAUGCCUUUCGCAUCCGAGGCAGGGAGGAUUGGACCACUUGCACAUCAUCAGGGUGCAGCACUAGAGGCAUGGUCAAAGUCGAUGAACAGUAUGUCACGAUGACAGUGCUAUCCAGCCUCGAGACUGCUCUUAUGGCGUCAAUUACUGUAAUAUUCCUCCAUUGCGCUCGGAAGGCAUAUUUGGAGAAGGCAGCGUCCGCAUUGCAAUUCCCCACGCCCGAGUCCGAGCUGAGUGUGUCCAUCACUGGGAAAGUUUCCCGAUAUUAG